CUUCCACAGUUUAAAUUCUCAUCAGUUCUCUGCUCUUUUGCUGACUUGGCUAAAUCCGCAAAGACUUUCUAUUUUGUUUGCCGUGUUACGACUUCUUCAUCUUCUUCCUCCUUCUCUUCUUCCAAGCUCUGCUUCUUUACCUUCCGUAUCAUAUAAACCACCAUCUGCAUAUAUUUCCUCAAAUCCAGGAUCUCUUUCUAUCAUCAUCAUCUUCUUCUGAUAAAAGUCUUAAUUUUUAUGUUCACAAGAAAAAUUCAAAGGUCGCUGUUUGGUUUUAGAGAACAAAGGAACCAACUUUCGAAAUUCGAUUACUUAGACAAGAACAUGGAUCUGUUGUUAAAGGACAUUCUUCUUUAGAUCUUUUGAAUCUCAAGUUCGAAUAACUUAUAACUCCAAAUGGAGAAACGUAGGUGGUAUAGUCUCUUCUCGACAAUGAAGUGUUUCUUCUUCUCUGGAGGGGACAAGAAAGACGAACACAAGACCCCUAAUGUCUCACUGACCUCCAACUUCUCUGACCGCGACAUUAACCGAAGCGGGUCAGAGUUCAACUCUCGAGACGUCUCUGGCACGAGCACGGAGUCUUCCAUGGGGAGGAGGAACUCGUACCCUCCUACAAUGUCUACUAGAGCUAGUAAUCUGAGAGAGUUCAGCAUCACUGAUCUCAAGGCUGCAACAAAGAACUUCAGCAGGUCUGUUAUGAUUGGAGAAGGCGGUUUCGGUUGUGUCUACAGGGGAACAGUUAGGAGUUUAGAAGAUCCGUCUAUCAAAAUCGAAGUUGCUGUUAAGCAGCUUGGUAAAAGAGGGUUACAGGGGCAUAAAGAAUGGGUUACUGAGGUUAACUUUCUUGGUGUGGUUGAGCAUACAAACUUGGUGAAGUUGCUUGGCUAUUGUGCAGAAGAUGAUGAGCGUGGGAUCCAACGGCUUUUGGUUUAUGAAUACAUGCCAAACCGAAGCGUUGAGUUCCACUUAUCUCCUCGGUCACUCACCAUCCUUACUUGGGAUCUCAGGUUGAGAAUAGCUCAAGAUGCAGCUCGUGGUUUAACAUACCUUCACGAACAAAUGGAGUUUCAGAUAAUAUUCAGAGAUUUUAAGUCAUCGAACAUUCUUUUGGAUGAGAACUGGAAAGCAAAGCUCUCUGACUUUGGUUUGGCUCGUUUAGGUCCAUCUGAAGGACUAACUCAUGUUUCUACUGAUGUUGUAGGUACAAUGGGUUAUGCAGCUCCUGAGUAUAUUCAAACAGGUCGUCUCACAUACAAAAGCGAUGUGUGGGGUUAUGGAGUGUUCGUCUACGAGCUCAUCACAGGGAGGAAACCAGUUGAUAGGAACAAACCUAAGGGAGAGCAGAAGCUUCUAGAAUGGGUGAGACCUUAUCUAUCCGACACAAGGAAGUUCAACCUCAUAUUAGACCCGAGGCUAGAAGGGAAGUACCCUCUCAAAUCAGUUCAGAAGCUAGCGGUUGUGGCCAACAGGUGUUUAGUUAGAAACCCAAAGGCACGUCCCAAGAUGAGUGAAGUGUUGGAGAUGGUGAACAAGAUUGUGGAAGCGCCUUCAUGUAGCGGUACUAGCCCGCAGCUAGUUCCGUUGAAGAGUUUGGAGACUUCUAGAGACGCUGGAGGGAAAAAGAAGAGGGGUUUAGAGAACGGUGGUGGUGAAGGAGGUUGGUUUGGUAAGUUAUGGAACCCAAAGACAAUAAGAGCUUGUUGAUUGUUUACUUUACAAAAAAAAAAAAGAGACUGAAGAGCUUCAAGAUUUGGAUGAGAGCAAUGUCAAAAUCAAAGCUCAUAUACAUACAUGAAGAUUGUGAUAUAUGCUUAAUGUUAUUAGUUUGAUGUUUGUUA